AGACAGAUCACCGUGCUACAUGCGAACUGUCAAAAAUUAGCUUUAGCAAACAACAUUAUUACCUACAGCCGAGUUCGACUCACGCGAAUAAGCUUGAGUGUGUUUUGUUUGCGCAGGUCAUUUGCAAUCUAGAAAACGCUUAGCGAUUCCGUUAUCUGGUGAGAUAUUUCGAAAGGCAGCGCGAGUGGUAUAAGCUCACAGCCUAGUAGUCGACUGGUGACCGAUAAGCGAGCAAGUCAGGUGCAUUUUUUGGAUUAAUAAGUGGUUGACCUUGUCUACUGUUUAUACAAGUUCAGUAUGCUGCGCAGCAUAGUGAAACUGAGCGAUGGCUGUUCAGCCCGGACCAUCAUCAUUCGCUGUCGUAGUGUUCAAGCUGUUCCGAAUGCGGUGAACGCUGUUCCGGAAUCAACCGUUGAUCCCGAAUGGGCCGAUGCUUUGCCGUUCGAAAAUAUUCCUGGACCAAGCAAUUUCACUGUGCUUAGAUAUUUUGCUCCCGGAGGCUCUCUUCACAAUGCUACCCUACAGGAGAUGCAUGGAUUUUUCCGCAAGACGUAUGGUGAUCUGCUCCGCAUGCCGGCAGCGUUCGGCCGAAAAGAAAUGCUGCUGAGCUUCAAUCCGGAUGACUACCAGAAGCUCUUUCGAGCGGAUGGACAAUGGCCGAUCCGUCGGGCGCUGGAUAGCUUUAUCUAUUAUCGGAAAAAGCUAAGACCGGAAGUAUUCCAUGGUUUGGGAGGAUUGGUUUCCGAACAUGGUGAACCUUGGCAUAAAUUUCGCACAGUCGUAAAUCCUGUAAUGAUGCAGCCGAAAACAAUAAAGUUGUACGUUGAUAAGGUUGAUGUGGUAUCCAGGGAGUUUAUGGAAAUUAUGAAGAGUAUACGGGACGAGAAAAACGAACUUCCUGCCGAUUUUGAUCAAUGGUUGAAUCGUUGGGCUCUGGAGUCGAUAGGGGUGCUAGCCAUGGAUACCAGACUUGGAGUACUGGGUGAAAAUCUUAGUGAAGAAGCCGAUCAUAUUGUGAAGAAUAUCCGACAAUUUUUCGAACUAACAUAUCAACUAGAUGUCUUACCUUCUGUAUGGAAAAUCGUUAAAACACCCAAAUUCCAAAAGUUGAUGAAAGCUCUCGAUGAUCUUACAGGAAUGGUUAAGAGCAAAGUGGAUGAUGCUGUUGUCAGGUUGGAUAAAAAUCCUUCAGUGGAUAAUGAAAAUCAGAGCGUAUUGGAAAAACUUUUGAAAGUCGAUCGGAAUAUUGCUGUUUUGAUGGCAUUCGACAUGCUUAUGGCUGGAGUUGACACAACCGCAACUGGGACAAUAGGAAUUCUUCACUGUUUAGCCACGAAUCCAGACAAACAGGCGAAAUUGCGUGAGGAACUUCGUACGAUUCUCCCUAACAAAGAUUCUCCAUUGACACCGGAGAAUAUGCGAAACCUGCCAUAUCUCAGGGCAUGCAUCAAGGAAGGUAUCCGUAUUUGUCCUCCAACUGCUGGAAACCUUCGCGAAGCAGGAAAAGAUUUGGUUCUGCAGGGCUACAGAGUCCCGAAAGGGACAGAUGUUGCGAUGGCAGCAAUGUUGUUAAUGAAGGAUGAACAGUACUUUGGUCGGGCAAACGAUUUUCUACCGGAACGCUGGCUAAAGGAGGAAACCGGCGGCUGUCCAGGAAAAAACUCACACCCUUUUGUGUAUCUUCCGUUCGGUUUUGGUCCCCGAACCUGCAUCGGCAAACGGAUGGCUAAUCUGGAGAUGGAAAUUAUAGUUGCCCGUAUUACGCGCAUGUUUGACUUCCGGUGGAACUAUGGACCCUUGAGGAUUCGCGGUGCAAUAGUCAACAUUCCGGACAACGAGCUGAAGUUCGAAAUGAGGGAGGUCGAUAAAUAAUUCGUUGUGGUUCAAUUUUUUUCAUUGUAAAUGCAAUAAGUGUUGCAAACCAAUGAUACAACCAAAAGAAUCCCUAUACAAAUCAAUAUCAAUUGAGGUCCAAUAAAAAUUGAUAAGCAGCA